AAGAAUCUGGGAGAAAUUGGUUGAACUACAAGCUUACAAGUUAAAGUUAUACAAGUUAAAUGUGUAUCUUGGCAGUUAAAAAACCAAUGUGUUCUUAGACUACUUUACAUUAAUAGAAAUACUCUGUCCGCCUCCAAAGAAGUAAUAGUCCUGUUUUGUCUUGCCCUGGUCAUAUUACAUUUGGAGUGUUAUGUUCAGUUGGAGGGAGGGGCGUCUAAUUACAUUUUAGGAAUGACAUUAACAAACUGGACAACAUCCAGAAGAGGGUGAUGUUGAGAAAAUUAAAAACCAAAUCAUAAAAGUAUUGAUUGAAGGAAGUAGUAUGGAGAAGAAAGGUCUUAAGGGAAACAUGUUUUUGAAAGGUUUAGGCUAUAAAACAUGAAUGUUGUUUUGCACAGUGCCUGGCAUACAGUAAAUGCUAAAAUGCUUAUUGACUGACUGAUCCAGGCAGCAGAAGUAGGAGCAAAGAAAAGAAUGGAAAUUACAGAGACAGUUUGUGGCUCAAUGUUAGGAAAAAAUUCCUCACAAUUAGAGCUGUCCAAGAAUUGAAUAGGUUGCCUCAAGUGAUGAUGAAGUCACUUUUACUAGACAGUCUUCACCCACAAAUUGCAUAACUACUUAACUUGGGAUAGUGUAAAAGGAAUUUCUGUGCAAGUGAGAACUGGACCAGAUGACCUCUGAUAUCCCUUUCAACUCUUGACAUUCUGUGACUUCCGAGUCAUGGAAACAUAUUGGAUAAAGAGGUUUUCAGAAAUUGGAGAAGUUAUAAAAAAUGAUAGCUUUUAUAAAUUGGAAUUAUAAUUUGACUUAAAAAGUUAGGAAAAGUAGAUUUUUGGAGGGCUCAGAGGAAAAUUUCGAAAUGAAAAAACAUGAUACAGUAUGUAAUAGUAUGACCAUGGUGUAUGGUCUUGUAAUGUUCAGUUGGAUUGGUUUUCCAUUAUAUUUUGUCCAGUUGUAUUACUAAAUCAUAGAAAUAAUGGUAUAAAAUAAUGCCUUGAAAAUUGAACUUGGCAUAAUUUGUAGGAAGCAGGAUCUGAGGAAAAGCAUUUUAAUUUAGUUAAGAAAGGUCAUAUUGGAGCUUGAUUUUAUGAUUUUAGAAGUUAAAGAUAACUAAUGGUAUUAGUUAUAAAAUAAAGUAAUUGUUAAAGCCAUAACUUGGAAAAAGCAUCAUCAGGGUCACCUCAUGUUGUUUUCUUAAAUACAACAAAGUUGCUCAUUGAGAUUGAAAAUAGAACAGUUUUCUGCAUAUGAAGCUGACUCAGAGAGAAUCAAAUGCAUCAUAAUCAAAUGAACUAAUUGACCAUAGCCUUAAGAAAAUAGCCUUAAGAAAAAACAGAAAAGCAGCCUCUUGUAAUUUUUUUUGAAGGAGUACUAAUGAGUUAUAAAUCUUGAUUGUGAACAAUAUUAACUAUAAUUAAAAUCUGAUUGCAAAAAAAUGGACAGAAAUUCAUGUUUAGCAACAUACUUGUAGAGCUUUUGAAACAUCUUUAAUGUACUUAAAUAAUAUGGAAGAAUCAUUAUAGAUAGCCAGCUUUUAUUUUUAUUCUGAGGGGGAAAUUCUAACCCCUACUGUCAGAACUUGCAGAUAUUUCAUUUGGAUGUCUUUUAUUCACAUUGUACUUUCAGAAAUAGAGAGAGUAAUUACAACAACAAACAAUAUUAAAGUAUAUUAACAAUACAUGAACAAAUUCUAUGGAUAUGCAUGAUAAUCUAUCUUGGUAGGUUAGUUUUUUGUUUUUGUUUUUGUUUUUUUAUCAAAUUAUGGAAAGCAAAUCUUUUGUUAAAAAAAAAUGCUAUUGUAUUUGUCACAUAAAGCCAUUACUUUAAUGGGAUAAAGAUAAUUUAGGAAGGGAAAUUUUUCAUUUUUUUAUAGAAGGAAUAUAAAUUAAGAAAAAUUUUCCAUUUGUACUAUGUAUGUAUACUAGUUGUUGGACUCAGAAGGCAAGGUUCUCUGUAGUUUUUCUUCAAGACACUUGGAAAGAAUGUAAGCUCUUCCUAAGCAUUAUCCUUGAAAAUGGGAGGUGCUGUCAGUGCUGGAGAAGACAAUGAUGAGCUAAUAGAUAACUUGAAAGAAGCACAAUAUAUCCGAACAGAGCUGGUAGAGCAAGCCUUCCGAGCUAUUGACCGUGCAGACUACUAUCUUGAAGAAUUUAAAGAUAAUGCCUAUAAAGACUUAGCCUGGAAACAUGGCAAUAUUCAUCUUUCUGCCCCAUGCAUAUAUUCAGAAGUGAUGGAAGCUCUGGAUCUACAACCUGGACUUUCAUUCUUGAAUCUGGGUAGUGGCACUGGUUAUCUCAGUUCUAUGGUUGGACUCAUUUUAGGUCCUUUUGGUGUAAAUCAUGGGGUAGAACUUCAUUCAGAUGUGAUAGAAUAUGCCAAGCAGAAACUGGACUUUUUCAUCAGAACAAGUGAUAGCUUUGACAAGUUUGAAUUCUGUGAACCUUCCUUUGUUACGGGCAACUGUCUGGAGAUUUCUCCAGAUUGUACUCAAUAUGAUCGGGUUUAUUGUGGUGCUGGAGUUCAAAAAGAACAUGAAGAUUACAUGAAGAGUUUACUUAAAGUUGGGGGAAUUCUUGUCAUGCCAUUAGAAGAAAAGCUGACUAAAAUAACUCGAACAGGUCCUUCUGCUUGGGAAACCAAAAAGAUUUUGGCUGUUUCUUUUGCUCCUCUGAUCCAGCCCAGUCAUUCAGAUUCAGGAAAGUCAAGACUUGUACAAUUGCCUCCAUUGGCUGUUCGUAGCCUCCAAGAUUUAGCUCGAAUUGCAAUCCGAGGAACUAUUAAAAAGAUAAUUCAUCAAGAAACAAUGAGCAAAAGUGGAAAUGGACUGAAAAAUCCUCCCAGGUUUAAGCGAAGGCGAGUUCGCCGUCGUCGAAUGGAAACUAUUGUCUUCUUGGACAAAGAAGUCUUUGCCAGUCGCAUUUCCAACCCUUCUGAUGAUAACAACAAUUGUGAGGAUGUGGAAGAAGAAAGGAGGGAAGAGGAGGAAAAGAAUGUGCCUGAAAUGAAGCCAGAUCCUCCUGUAAACUUUCUGAGAGAAAAGGUCUUAAGUCUGCCCCUGCCUGAUCCUUUGAAAUAUUACCUGCUUUAUUACAGAGAAAAAUAAGUCUUCUAUUUAUAUUAAGAAAAAGAUACAUAAGGGGGGAAGUGGUGAGGGCCUGACAACAUGUAUGUGACUAACUGUUAACAUGGUCACCCCUGGCAUAGAUUGGCUGGAGAAUGUGGCUGCUGUAUACUUAAACAUCCUCAUUUUUUUCUCCUAGUUUCCUGGUGGUGUGCUAAUUUUCUUUUAAUCUUAUAGCAGGAUUUCCUUUAAAAAAAAAAAAAAGUGACCUGGUAAAUGCAAACUGCCUAGAAACGUAUUUCUUCCAUUGAGGGGAAAGAAAAUCACCUCAAAAAGGCUAUUUUGUCUUCCAGCUAUGGUUUAAAAUUAAAUUCCAUUUUAAAAGUUUCUAGGCAGUACCCUAAAGACUACUCUGCAACAAAGUUGCAUAAAAUAGUAUAUAUUGUAUAAUUAAAAUGAAAACUGAUUCAGAUUAUUUUGCUUCUUCCAAAACCCCCACCUAAAGCACAAAUUUUACAAGUACACAAAAUCACUUCUGGGGGCGAUACUCUAAAUUUCCAGGUUUGAAUUCUGAAUUUAAGUGGUAUCUGCCUUUAAUCAUUGGCACUGAGUUUGACUCCUCAUAUGGUUUACUAGAUUGGAAAAUAUUGUUAGAAGCCUGUUUAACUAGAUUAUAAAUAAGUAAAUAGAUAAGUUUUUGUGAGUUUGCAGAUUGUAAAUUUUCUAAAGAGAUAGUGAUGUUAAUUAGAAAAAGCAAAUCAGAAAUAUAGCAAAGUUCCCAACUUUGUUUAUACAUAGUGGGGAUCAUAUGUAGGUGAAAUCCUUUAUGGAUUCUUGUCUGAACAGUUUACAAACUAAGUUCUGAAAACUUUGUCAAGUAUAGUGUUAGAAAUUCCUGAAAGGUUAUUUUGAGAGAUGUCGCAGAUUCUUUAUCUCUAAGUUAACAUGAUUUGUGUUUUUAAGAAUAUGCAAUACAGACCCUGAUGGUUGACCUGAGAAUGAAAACUGAUAUCAUUGUGAGGCAAUUGACCAUUCAAUUCCUCAGAAUGUAUAGAAGAUGAAAAAUCUCAGAACGUAAUUAGUGGCAAUGUUGCCUGUAGACAGUCCCUGCUUUCUUGACCUCAGUUUAGUAUUUUUCUGUAACUAGAUUAGAGUAUGAGAUUUAGCUUUUAUAGUUCCAACAAAACUAGACUUUUUUUUAAAUAAUUUUUCUUAAAAAAUGGAUCUUUAAAAUUUUAGUUGUUAGAUGAAUUUAACUUGCAGUGAAUUGUAAAUUAUACUUUUCCCAGAUUAUGAAGAGUGUAAAAGUAAAAGGGGGAAAGAGUUCUCAGUCUUUCUACACUAGUGAAGAAAAUGGUUUAAUCUUCAAGAUAAUCUGACUGAAAAACCUUUCAAUUAUCUUAAGACUACUUUUGAGAUACACUGGAAUUAGAUUGCUUGAUCCAAAGUGUAUUUGUUCAUUUUUAUUUCUUUCACUGUCAUUUUUACAUGUCCCAAAAGGCAUGACUAUCCUAAGAUGUAUACAGUAAAUGCAAACUCUCAAAGUGUCUAAGAUUUCAACAUACAAUUCACAUCGACUGUCUUGUGAUUAAAUAUUAUGUAGCUCUUUGAAAUUGCAGGGUAAACUCAAGUGUCUCUGUGCUAACUGAUCUCCGUUGAUGUAGCUAAUUUUCUAAAGUUACUCAAUAGAUCUUUAGUCUCUGUACUGACAAUUUUUUCACCACAAAUUAAAAUCUGUGUAGCCAAAUAAAAAAGAAAAGUUGGUAUGUCUGGUCCUGAGCUCAUAAAAUUAGGCUGUUAAGGAAACUUUACAUGUUGUUAUACUCGUUUGCCUUUUGGUUCAGUGUCAAGGUUAUUCAUAAUUUUCAUCUCCCAAGAUUUUCAGUUUUCAAAUUACCAGUUGAUUGCUUGCAGGUCCUAGUAUAGAAAAAUCUAAUUGAUACAAAUGGGUAUGUGUGUGUAUAUAUACAUAUGUAUACGUAUACAUACACACAUAUAUACAUAUACAUACACAUAUAUAUUCCUCCAUACACACGAACUAGAUGAUUUUAUAUAUAUAUAUGUGCAUAUAUAUAAAAUACACACACACAUAUAUAGCCAUUUACAUAUAAUUUAUAUAGAUAAUAAGCACUUUGCAGUAAAUAUUCAUCUGAGAUCUGUGAAAUUUGUUAUAUAAUUAAUACCCUUACAUUGGCUAUCUUCAAAUUUUUUCUAUAAUUAUAUAAGAAUUUCAAAUUUCACCACAUUUGCCUUUUAAUUAUUUUAGGAUUUUUAAUGCUCUUUAAAAUGCAUAGAAAAUGGUUUUCCCUUUAUAUUUUAAAAACCAAAAUAUUCAAGCAGUUUGUGUUUUCAUGUCCAGUUGUGCUGUUAUCAAAACAGAAAAACUGAUAGAAGAGUUUUAAGUGUAAUAUAUAACUGAAAUAGUGUGGUGUUGAGCGUGCAAAAAUAAAGGGGAAUUGUAAAUAAGGUUCUCCUCUGCUUAAGCACUUGCACUGUAGGUUAGUAUAAUAGGUUAUUUUUCAGUUUCUACACAGAUUAAGGAUAGUAUAACGUUUUUGUAUAGUCUAUAAGCCCUUUUAUGGAAUACUGUAUACUGUAACUUGGUUUUCUGACUUCUGUUUGCUUUUAUGUUUUAAAUAUUAUGUGACAUAGUCUUGACAAGUAGUAAGGUCACAGACUUGUGCAAAGCAAAUUUCAGAUGUAUAAAUCUUAAGUAUGUAAGUUGAAAAUCAAAAUUUGUAUAUAGAAAGAAGAAAAAGCAAUUUUAUUGAUCUGGAACUUGCAAGUAAUAUGAAACCUGAAUUUUAUUGAGCUCAUAUACAUGAGUGUAUAGAUCAUAUAUCAAUAAAUGCAGUUGAGACGUUUUAGCCUUCUUAGCAUUGCUUCUGUAUCGUGCUAUUUUUAAAAGAAUUUCACCAGCUUACUCUUUUUGAAGAAUUAGUGAAAUUCCUUUUUUUAUGUUUGUACCCACUUUCUUAUGCUAGAAUUAGACUGAAUUUUUUGUUUCCACUUCUUUUCUGAAAUUGUUUUUCCAUUCAAUUAAUAGUUUAUUUCAAACUCAUUCACAGUAGAAAUUGAAGAUAUUACUUACUAAUGUGACAUUGGCACAGGCAAACAGAUUAUACCUCUAAAGAACUUGAUAGGCUAAUAACUAGAAUAAUUACUCAGUUCUUCAGUAUUAUUCAGAAUAUGCACUUCAAAGGGAGAAUAGCACAUCAGAUUUGAUUCACCAGCAAUAAGCUAAUUGGAAGCAAGCAAGGAUUAAUUGAGUCACCAGCACAGUUUUAAUAUUUUCUAAGGUCAAUGAAAAAUCCUUGUUUUUCUGGGGUCAUCCACAAAACUAGACUUUAACUCAUUACCAUAUCUUGUCAUCCAGUAUACUUUACUCUGAGAAUAUCAAAGGAGGACACUCUUGUUUUGUGUUUAUUAAAUAACUUUCAAAAAUGCACUUCCUGAAAAUGGAAAGAUGGCCAUCACUUAGUAUUUUCAACAUGAUUUUCUUGGCACUGCCUUUUUUUAUAAUUAUAUAACUUCAAACAUUUACAUUUGCCUUUUUAAUUACAUUUGAUUUUUUAAGGCUAAGAAAUGCAGAGGUGUUUUUUUUCUUUAAAUAUUAAAAAGCAAAAUGUUUAAACAUUUUGUUUUCAUUCAGUUUUGACAUAGAAGAUAUUUUUGUGCAUUUUAGAGAGCCUUAAAAAUCUAAUGUAAUAAGGGAAAUAGGUGAAAAUUUGAAAUUCUUACAUAGUUUAGAAAAAUGUAAAAAAUGCAUAUAUGUAUAUAAAAUACAUAUACAUAUAUCACAUAUCUUUUUAGUAAACUGUAAAUGCCCUACAGGUACCAUUUUGAAUUAUGUUUCUAUUCUUUGGUCUAAGUCUGAAAAGAAAGGAUAACUAUAUAUCAUGUCUUUAAAUUAACUUACUGUGACAUAAUUAUUGCCAGGCAAGAGACAGGGAGGGUUACCCAAAUUAUCCAAAGACUAAGCCCCGUUUCAGGAAUUUCAAAUGUAAUCAUCUACAUAUCUUGCCAUAAAAAUUAGUACCAUUCUGACUAUUUAACUCCUAAUCUCCCUGGAACUUGGAAGGUCAGCUAUUAAAAAAGGCAUCAGUUGAUUAUUUGAGGCCACAGGGGUAAUCACCAUUAAAUAAAAGCCACCUGGUUCCUGUGUCUAUUGCUGUGUCUGGUGUAACAUUAUACAGAAAUCUGAUUUUGCAGAGCUGGUCAUGUCACACUAAAGAACCACACAUGUGGCUCAGAAAUAUAACUGUUAACUUCCUAUUUACCUAAAGUGCUGCUGUUUUUAAAAACUAACCCUACAUAUUUUUGUGUCACCUAAUGUCAACAGUUGCUUGUCUGUGUUUGGUAUUUAGUUCAUGAUAUUUAGCUAGAUCUAGUAUGAAAACUGUUCCUUUUCUUGGAAUAUCAUUUUACAAAUAAAAGCUGUAUAUAAUGUA